UUAUAAAUCCACUGCUCAGUGGAUGCACAGAAAAAGAAAGAUGCUGAGGGUAUUGGGAAGAAGAGCAUCCACGUCUCAUCAAUGGCGAAAUCCGGUAUCACUUCUCCAGAAAUGUCAGUUCUGCAUAGGAGUGCUUCCCGACGGCGUCGAUCGUCAAUCUCCUUCCUUCUCUCAGAACUCCGCUAUCAUGAACGAUUACAUUUCCGAACUCAAAUCGCAUGUCCAAAAGGUGCUUGGCGGAGGAGGAGCAGAAUCUGUGAGGAGGAACCGGAGCAGGAACAAACUUCUCCCUAGAGAGAGAAUCGAUCGCCUGCUUGACCCUGGCUCUUCAUUUCUUGAGCUUUCUCAGCUUGCAGGCCAUGAGCUAUAUGAAGAACCUUUACCAUCUGCUGGGAUAAUCACUGGAAUAGGACCUGUGCAUGGGCGACUUUGUAUGUUUGUGGCUAAUGACCCUACUGUAAAGGGAGGAACUUACUAUCCCAUCACUGUUAAGAAACACCUUAGGGCACAAGAGAUUGCUGCUCAAUGUAAAUUACCGUGCAUAUACCUUGUUGAUAGUGGAGGUGCUUACCUUCCAAAGCAGGCUGAUGUCUUUCCUGACCGGGAUAACUUUGGUAGAAUUUUCUAUAAUGAAGCACAAAUGUCUGCAGAAGGUAUUCCUCAAAUUGCUCUGGUAUUAGGUUCUUGUACUGCUGGUGGUGCUUAUAUACCUGCAAUGGCGGAUGAAAGUGUUAUGGUCAAAGGAAAUGGUACCAUAUUUCUAGCUGGGCCUCCACUUGUGAAGGCUGCUACAGGAGAAGAAGUCUCUGCUGAGGAUUUGGGAGGUGCAACUGUGCAUUGCAAAACAUCAGGGGUUUCAGAUUAUUUUGCUCAAGAUGAAUUGCAUGGACUUGCUAUUGGGAGGAACAUUAUCAAGAAUUUCCACAUGGCUGGAAAACUGGGGAUUGUAAAUGAAUUGCAAAAUAUUAUUCCUGAAUUUAAAGAACCAGUUUAUGAUGUAAAGGAGCUCCGUUCAAUUGCACCAGCAGACCACAAGCAGUCUUUUGACAUCCGAUCAGUUAUUGCUCGCAUUGUUGAUGGAAGCGAAUUUGAUGAAUUCAAGAAAUUGUAUGGAACUACUCUUGUAACAGGUUUUGCUAGAAUUUUUGGACAACCUGUGGGCAUAAUCGGAAACAAUGGGAUAUUAUUUAAUGAAUCUGCUCUAAAAGGGGCCCAUUUCAUUGAAAUAUGUACUCAACGCAACAUUCCUUUGGUGUUUCUUCAGAACAUCACUGGAUUUAUGGUUGGUUCAAGAUCUGAGGCAAAUGGGAUAGCAAAAUCUGGAGCGAAGAUGGUGAUGGCAGUUUCUUGUGCAAAGGUUCCUAAAAUUACUAUUAUUGUUGGCGGAAGCUUUGGUGCUGGAAAUUAUGCAAUGUGUGGGCGUGCAUAUAGUCCCAAUUUCAUGUUCCUUUGGCCAAAUGCCAGAAUAUCCGUGAUGGGUGGUGCUCAGGCUGCUGGUGUGCUUUCUCAAAUAGAAAGAGGCAACAAGAAAAAGCAAGGAAUCCAGUGGCCAAAGGAUGAAGAAGAAGCAUUCAAGGCAAAGGUGGUGGAGGCAUACGAGAAAGAGGGAAGCUCCUAUUACUCAACUGCAAGACUCUGGGACGACGGCAUCAUUGAUCCAGCAGACACAAGAAAAAUCAUAGGUCUCUGUAUCUCUGCAACCACCACCAACCAUGCCCCAGAAGAUACCAAGUAUGGUGUAUUUAGAAUGUGAACUACCAUCAGUUUCUUUAUAAAAUAAACACACUGGCAGUGAAAUGUUUACUGCCCAAUAACCCAAAUGGGUUCUCUUGGAAGCACUAUGUUGCUCUGUUAUAUUCUCCCCAAGAGUUCUUUACAAGGGAUUUGGGUUUUAUAGAAAUAAAAUUCAAAUCUUGGUUCAAAAAAA